AUGUCUGAAGACGCGUCUGCUUCUCUCUCGCUCGAUAUACAACGCGCUCUUCAGCAAGCCGUCGGUGAUGCGAACAAUGCUGCUAUGCCUGCGAAAUCCAAGCGUGCACGAGGGGACGACGAUGCCGAGUCGAUGGCGGAAAAGCCCGUGAGGAAGAAGAAAAAGAGCAAAUCCCAUGCCGUUUCGGAUGAACAGGUCAGCGGAACAAAUACGACUCAGGUGUCUCAGCCGGCUGUCGAUGCAGCUCCUUUGGUUGAGGUGCAGCCUGUGGAACAAGUGACGAAGAAGAAGAAAAAAAGUAAGGGGAAGGAGCGACAAGAAGAUUCCUCCGGUUCAAUCGCUCCUCCCGACGUGGAUCUACCCACUUCAUCAGCGGAUUUCAUUUCUGCCGUCGUUGCUGCUGCGUCUGCUACAUCGGAUCAGACACAACCGGCUGGAGCUCCGCAAUAUGAUCCAGGUGUUCAUCCUUUCCUGGAGUAUCCCCCAGAACUAGCGUAUGCGUACCCUCCUCCUGGCCACGCGCCCCCAUUCGGCCACCCCCACCAUCCGCCACCAUUGUAUCCCGACCCCUCAGGGCAGCCUCUUCCUGACUUAAAUUUUGCUUCCAGCGAAGAGCUGCUGCGAGCUUUGCAGGAUCUCGAUUUCGUUAAGGUCGCCAGUGUUCUGAAGUCACUGGGCGACGCCGCUGCGGCUGCGAAUGUUUCACUCAAUGGCCCACUAGUAUAUCCUCCGCCCCCAUUGCUAGCGCCUCCGCCCGUGAAAAAUACGCCUGCACGUUCGGACGCAAUUCUUGGGCGGCCGCCGAAGCAGAAGUCAGCGCCGCCUGUUCCUAAAAACAUUCCACUUCCUGCUCCGGUGGAAGUGGAUAAUCCGGAACAUGCGCAUAUGCUCUCCCAUGUGUGGAUGAAUGCUAGUAAGUUGGCCGAGAUGGUGAAGAACGAGGGCCUCGUCUAUAAGAAGGGGAAAUUCUCCGCUAUCGAAGAGGCACAACUUACGGCUGCCAUUGAGAAUUACCGUGUCAACAAGGGAUUAACCACUGGCCAGCUGACUGGUGUGAUAUUCUCCAAGGAGAAGGGCCGCGAUGAGUUCUGGACAGAAAUCACAUCUUCAUUGCAUUUACGCCCGAUAAUUGCAGUCUAUCACCAUGUUCGCAGGACGUACCACCCGAUGAAACAGCAGGGGAAAUGGAUGCCACAAGAGGAUGUUGCACUCGUUGAUGCCGUUCGUGAGCUUGGCCAGCAAUGGGAGAAAGUCAGCGCCAGGGUUGGUCGAAUGUCUUCGGACUGUCGGGACAGGUAUCGCAAUCACCUUGAGAACCGCGAGCUUCGCCAGACAGGUGCUUGGACGAAGGAGGAGGAAGAAGAUCUCACUCGAAUUGUCACUGAGAUGACGAUCGAACAAGGCAAGGACAUGGAUAACGAUAUAUUCUGGGGAGUGGUUAGCCAGCGCAUGGGCGGAAGACGCGGUAGACAACAGUGCAGAAUCAAGUGGACUGAUUCACUGUCACUGCAAAUUAAAAAUAUGGGCGAAAAGCCUCGGUGGAGUCAAAUGGACGCCUAUAUUUUGGUCCACAAGGUUGACUCCAUGAACGUACGAGACGACAGUGAGAUUGACUGGAAGCAGCUUCCCGACGAGCACUGGAACGUCUGGAGUGCCCACGCACUUCAGAGACGCUGGGUUACUCUGAAAAGGAGCAUUAAAGGCCAUGAGGAAAUGACCCACGCAGAAAUAAUGGAGAUCUUGAAGACGAAGAAAGCGCAGUCGCCUCCGCCGCCGACUUCCAAAAGGAAAACUACGAGUGCUGCGGCCGUCAUCGAUGGCGAUGAGUCAGAUGGGAUUGUCGCUGAUGUUGCACAGCUUCAAGCUGGAUCGAGUACUGGGCCUGGUACUGUUGCGGGGGCUGUGGGGGUAUGA